AUGCCUCUUAAAAGGCCUAUUGAAGCCAACUCGCAAGUCACUCCUGAUCCAAAGAAAACUAAACUCGACUCUUCAACCGGUCAUUCUCAAGAUGAGCAGGUUCCUCAAUCAGUCCAGGAACCUGCCCCGACCGGCCUAUGGAUGAUGGCUCAGUCUCCUCUUUUUGGUCUCACUUCAGCUUUGAUUGAGGCGAACAAACUUGUGACACAAGAUGUACCCCAAGUUUACCGGGCUGCGAUAAACUUGCUCUUUUGGCGCAAACAAGGCAUCAAUUUGCCGGCCAAGCCCCCUGUCCAGGAAGCAGAGGCUUUUGGGGUGAAAAACAAGUUGUCAGUUACCAAGUGGCUUGCCAAAAACCCCAACUCACUCCUUGUGCGUAGUGCUGGCGAAGCGCCGUGGCAUCGCCCCAACAUUUUCAACUUCACCUUACCCGACUACGAGCUGGCAACUACCAUGGAUGCCACAGCUCAAACCUCCUACAUGCACAAGAUUCUGGGUUUGUUCUACAGUCCAGGUGCACAGCGGAUAAACCAGGCGGUGCGGAUGAUAGUUGCAGCUGUGACAUUUGCCCGAAUGGACACCAACGAGCUUCCGGUGGACUACACUCUUCCUGAAGUUCAAUUUCCAAACCAAAACAUUGGGCAGUGUCUUCAAGCUGCUCAUCACUUCAAAAGCCUUCACGAGACUAAGCAGCAAACUCAAACUGUUGCAGAGUGUAUGGGAGUGAUGGCUGGGAUGGUCAAUCGUCUUUACACAGUCUUUGAGGCCGUUGCCAGUCUACGAGCAAAAUUUCACCAUGCUUUGCAUCUCAGUCAAACACCAGCUGAUAGACACAACCAGCUCCUCUCAGAAUACGAGGCAAUGACCAAAACACUGGGUACAGGCUCCAUCCCGUCUCAUGUUCUUGGACCUCUUGUUGCUUUUCUAGUGUCUGGUGUAAAAGGUCUCAUGAUUUUCCCGCACGAUAAAGGGCGAUAUGGUCCUGUGAAACUCUCUUAUUUCCUGGUCCUAGUUAACAAGAUGCAUGGGCAAGCACCAAUUGAGGAACCCAUCCGGAAAUAUACCCAAAAUUUCACCACUCAACAAAACAUCUCACCACCACAAUCCAUCAAAAUUACCCGCAUACCCAUUACCUCAAAUAUUACUACCCAAGCCCCAAACUCACCACCCAACUCAGUCAUCUCACCACCAGUGCGAACCAAAUCACCAGCAUACCAAUUAGUCGCACUUUACCGAAAUUUCACUACUCAAACCCUAGAAUCAUCCUCCCUCACAAAGGUCCUUCCCCUCCAUUCAAGAAAGUCACUUGUUCAAUUCUCAACUCUCACCACCACAUCUAUUCCGAGCAACAUUGUCCACCCAACAAUGGAAGCCAGCCCAACAAAAGAAGAAUACUUCUUCUCGGUACCAGACAUCCUUGAGAUUCAAGAUCUUGAUCGACGCGAAAUGGACAAGUACGUCAAUGUGUUUCCAGCAACUCAGCACGGCUAUCGUAUGCGAGUCGGUCACUCCAACGAUGGCAGCCACCUCUGUCACUAUGAAUGCUACCGAUCUGGGCAUCCCUCCGGUGGAAUCAAGACUUCCGGCACCAGAUCUCUUCGCAUAGGCUGCCCUUUCAAGAUCAGCGCCCGGUUUCUUCCUGAAAAAGAGUGCUGGCUGCUUAUUCAUACCCACCUUGGUCAUAACCACCCUGCCGAUCUCAAUGUCAAGCCUCGAAAGAAGACUCUCGCAAAAGAUCCCAUACUCCCGUACCCUCACAACCUCUCCCUUAAACAGACUAAAGACAAAGAUGAUGAUACUGACUGUACAAAGUCAAAGUCACCCCUCACUGAACAUCAACAUUUGACCGAACCUUUGCAAGACUCGCGGAUGACUAGCAGCAAAACAGGCGUCAUUGACUCGGCCCUCACUAGACUUGCAGCACGACUCCACUCCUUGACCCCACGCCGUUGUCAGGAAGCCAUCCUAAUGAUUGAGCAGAUCAUCACCAACGACACAUUGUCUCAAUCCAGCUCGAGCCAUCAAGAAGACAGCCAUGAAGGCCCUCCUAACGCAGAGGCAUCCAAACAGAUACCCAACAUCGUCAACAUGAUGAUCAAUAUCACAUCACCCGAUUCAUUCACUCCAGACUGCAAUCUACCCGAGCUAGACGAUAUGCGAAAUUUGAUCCUGAACAGCAAGAGUUCAAGCUCACCUCCACCACUGGACCAGCAACAGUUAUUCCUGGAUAAAUUGAUGAUGCAGAACAAUUUCGAGGACCUUUAUCCCAACGAUCUCACAAACUCGUCAUUCAACCUCGACGACCUCAUCUGCGCACCCAAGGACGCAACACACUGCGACACGCCUGUUGCUGGAUCUCCUGGCGCUAUAGUCGAGGCGCCACUUGAAGCGGCUACAGACACACCACAGCCUCCAAUUGUUGACGAUGACCACACAGUCAACCCGCCUUGCAACUUACCAGAUUCAAUGACCACGGCUCCCACCACCAUACUGACUCGCAAACGAGCCCGUGAUCAGGCCCUUGCGCACUUGGAUUUGUUGAAUAAGUAUUCAAUCCACAGCUUGCUUCGACCCUUUGUCACCGAGAUCUGUGAAAGUAGAAUCCAGAUUGGCACUGUGGGUUUCGGGCAAUUGCCCAUAUCUCUUGGCCGACCCGCAGGACGAUUGGGCUUACGUUCGCCAGCGUUUGGCGGAGACCAUUGA